ACGCGGAUCCAGGGGCAAAACUGGAAAACGCAACAACCUGAGUCCUGAGCGCUGAGGUCCUCGUCCUCUCCCCCCACCAAUCAACCGCCACCGCAAUUGGUUGCGCCGCCUCACCAUCACCGGCGACCUCACCGGAGUCACCGCUGCUGGGCGAGCCGGAGCUACCCGAGCCUCAUCCCAUUGAGUCCUAUCCCGUCGAGAGCCCCGUCCCUUCCCUCCUCUUCCUCAUCGUCCGGGCUUCGAUCGAUUUCUUCUGUUGCCGGUUCUUCUUCAGCGCGCAAGAAUCAAUCUUGGAGGUGUAUGCUCCCAUGAAAUCCAAUAGGAGCAGCGGCGGUGUGUGCCCCGCGAAAUCUGACAAGAACAUCAGCGGCGUAUGCCCUGUCACCGGGAAGAAUCACGGUGCUGAGGAGCAGGGCAGCACGGGCAAUGCUGAAGGGAAGAGCUCCGAUCCCCGAUUGGUGCCGGCGAAGUGCCCGUUCGGCUACGACUCCGGCACUUUUAAGUUGGGUCCGCUCAGCUGCAUGAUCUGCCAGGCACUGCUCCACGAAUGCAGCAGAUGCAAGCCCUGCUCCCAUAAGUUCUGCAAGGCUUGUGUAUCGCGUUUUAAGGACUGCCCGUUGUGUGGUGCUGAUAUAGAGGGCAUUGAACCUGAUUCUGAACUUCAGGCCCUUGUCAAUCGCUUCAUUGAUGGACAUGCCCGAAUCAAAAGAUCACAUGCCUCAGGGGAUGUGGAAGUAUUGGGUGGCAAGAACAAGGUCAUUUAUGAGGAUGUUUCAAUGGAGAGAGGAGCCUUUCUGGUGCAGCAAGCUAUGAGGGCCUUCCGUGCUCAGAACAUUGGAAGUGCAAAGUCAAGGCUUAGUAUGUGUGCAGAAGACAUCAGGGAGGAGUUGAAAUCUUCAGAAGAUAAUCUAGACCUGCGUUCUCAGCUUGGAGCUGUUUUAGGAAUGCUUGGGGAUUGCUGUCGGACCUUGGGAGAUUCUCCUUCAGCAAUCACUUACUAUGAAGAAAGUGCUGAGUUCCUCUCGAAAUUGCCCGUAAAGGACCUUGAGUUGGUGCAUACUCUCUCAGUUUCACUAAAUAAAAUUGGCGACCUUCGGUACUAUGAUGGGAACCUGCAAUCUGCACGAAGUUAUUAUGCCCGUUCAUUGGAUGUUCGCAGAAAUUCAGUGAAAGAGCACUCAGCAGUGGCCUCCCAGGUAAUUGAUUUAGCAACUUCUCUUGCAAAAGUUGCGGAUGUUGAUAGAAACCUUGGGAAUGAAAGCACUGCAGUCAAGGGUUUCAAAGAAGCAAUUGAAUGCCUUGAGAAACUGAAGCUUGGUUCUGAGCAAGCUAGUCUUGAGCAAAGGCGCCUCUCUGUUUUAGACUUCCUACACAACCAAUUAGCAGAUAAGUAAUGUACAGUGGCAUCCUAAAAUCAUACCCAUAAGAAACAUAUUCAGCAUGAUGGUGUUGAAGAACUUCAGUAUUCAUGUAUGCAUACAGAAGGAAUUUCUCUAUGGUAAUUAGAGGGUAUACUUGAAGGCUGGCGACCCAGAAUAAGAGCUCUGGCUUGUAAAUAUAUCUUCCAUGUGCUGAACAUGGAGAGAACUCUUGAUGGCUGCCCAUAUGCGCUGCUGUCCAACCCUCUAGUUUGUUUCCGCAGUUGGGCACUAACCUGAAAUGGUGCGGUGCUGAAGAUUAAACUUCUCAGAAGUUCCUUGUUCCUAACUCAUGUGUGAAUGUAAUCCCUUUGUAUAUUGACAAUAAGAUGAGGGAAUACUAAUGCAUGACCGUUGACCGUUGUGCUUCUUUAGAUUCUCCCAUAUCAAGCUGUUUGCAUGUUAGUGGAUCAGGAAUCUACAAGUUGAGAAACGAUCGAUGUCUUAUAACAUUA